AUGCUGGAGCCCUUGCAGAUUGCAGUGGAUGUGAUUCAAGUGUUGCUUGUUGAUGAAGGCAGAAGAAUCUUCUCUUCUUCUCCUUUCCAAGGAGGGAAGGGUCUUGAGGGGGCCGCGCGCUCUCGUCAAUCUCCUUCUGAGAUUGAUGAAGAGUCGCUUACACUACUCUCGAAACUGAUUACUGUGGGGGAGGCUAUUGGAUCCUCCAAUAUCUCUCCUGUCGCUGUCACGUACUCGAGAGUGUUAAGGGACCUGACGACUAAGGAUCAGGAGUUCAACUGUUAA